GUGGUGGUGCGUGCAAGGGUGGGUUGCUGUUGCUAGGUGUAAACGUGAGUGUGACGGGCGUGCCGAUGGGUUUGUGUGGGGCCCCGGGUACCAGGAGUUACCAGGCCCAUGUGGUGGUGCUGCUACUGAUGGGCACCACCAUGCUGGUGCAGGCCAGUCACAUGGUGAAGACAGCUCUCAUGCUAGUGACCGGACUCACCUACACCCUGCUCACCACCCCGGGCUGGGGACAUCUACACAGGUCACCGGCGGUUCCCUCUCACUAUCUGACCAUCGCCACCAUCUUCCUCAUGAUUCUCAGUCUCUACUGCUUCACCCGGCACGUGGAGAAGUUGGCGCGGACCCUGUUCCUGUGGAAGAUGGAGGUCCAUGAGCAGAAGGAGCGUCUGUCUGGAAUGCGGCGGCGUAACGAAGCCCUGGUCACCAACAUGUUGCCCGAGCACGUGGCCCGACACUUCCUGGGCCCCGCACGCCGGCACGAGGAGCUGUACAGCCAGGCGUACGAUGAGGUGGGGGUGAUGUUCGCCUCCAUCCCCAACUUCUCCGACUUCUACACGGAGGAGAGCAUCAACAACGGCGGCAUCGAGUGCCUGCGCUUCCUCAACGAGAUCAUCUCUGACUUUGACGGGUUACUGGAGCAGCCACAGUUCCAGACAAUCACCAAGAUCAAGACCAUCGGCAGCACCUACAUGGCAGCGUCCGGUCUCAUCCCGGAGCCCAGCCCCGGCCCCGGCACGAGGGAGGUGCCGCUCUGUGCCCGGGACCGCUGGCAACACCUGGCUGAUCUGACUGAAUUUGCCCUCGCCAUGAAGGUGGCCUUGAUGAACAUCAACUACCAGUCCUUCAAUAACUUCAUGCUUCGCAUCGGAAUGAACAAGGGCGGUGUCCUGGCUGGGGUGAUUGGUGCUCAGAAACCCCACUAUGAUAUCUGGGGCAACACCGUGAAUGUGGCCAGCCGCAUGGAGUCCACCGGGCAGGUUGGCAACAUCCAGGUGGUGGAGGAGACAUACCUGGUGCUGAAGGACUACGGCUUCCGGCUGGUGCGCAGGGGGCCCGUCUUUGUCAAGGGCAAGGGCGAGCUGAUCACCUACCUGGUGAAGGGCCGCGAGAGGCAGGGCUCCUUCCUCAGCGGCUCAUCCGUCACCCUGCCCCACCAGGUGGUGGACAACACCUGACACCCCAGUGGCACGGGACGGCAGGAGCGACACAGCAGGAGAGAGGGGCAGGAGGCUGGGACCAGGGUACGGGACAAGAUGGGUGGAGGUGCCCUGGGAGGCUAUCUGGUGGUGAUCACAGAGCCCCCUCCCUCACACAGGGGAAUCCUGCACCCUUCUCCACACAAGAGAAAGGGAUUCAAUGUCCCAACCCGCAUCCUCAAAGACCAGCAAGAGCAAGGUGCCUGGAGAAUGCAUCAUGACAGGGGAUGGGUGAAAUAUUCUCUUGCUGUGGUAUGUUCCCUGGCUGCAAGCUGGGGAUACUGUAGCGUGUUCUGUGGCUGGGAAUGCUGUGGGAUAUUCCCUGGCCGGGAAUGCUGUGGGAUAUUCGCUGGCGGGGUGUUCCCUGGCUGGGAAUUCUGCAGGCGUUCCCACGUUGUGUGUGCGUACACCAGGUUUUACUCGUUCGUGGUGCAGCAAUUUGGUGAGGGUGGGUGCAAAAUAAUGGCCAAUUAAUAAAGUUUGACAACU